AAGUAUUCAUACGGACAUCACUUAUGGGUGAACAAUGUUCCAAAUGCCGACGAGGAAAGGGGAUGUUCUCACGGAUAAUUUGUGGUCAUGCUUUAUGUAGAGAUUGUAUAAAAAGAAUUGUCAGAGAAGAAUCAACUUGGUAUCAUGAAUGUGAAGGUGAAUAUGGGAAGUGCAAGUACAGAUUGCCAUUAACCAUUUUGAAGAAAAUACUGGAGCCGAAAGAGAUAAAAGAACAACCAAGUACGCCUGACAAAUGCAGAGAUUCCACAGAUCAUUAUUUUCCACCAGAUGUUUACUUGGAUGCGGAACUGAAUGAGGAGGAAUGUAGUCUUACCUUAAAAGCCAAGAUCUUUUCUUGUCUACACGUGGAAAAUAGAGUUUGGUAUAAAGAUGACAAUGAAUUAAGGAUUAAGUCUAAUCCUAAAUACAAAAUCUCCAGUGGUUCCGAUGAGUCUAUCCUAGUUAUCUCACCGCUAGAUAAGGCAGACGAAGGAACGUAUGCAUUUUUAGUAGAAAAUUGUAAUGGAAGAGGAAAGAGCAACCUUGUUAAAUUCAGGAUACCUUAUGAUCCCCCAAAGCUAACGUUAAAACAAGAGCAAUUUCCUGGGUUAUCCAAAUUAGAGGCAGAUAUUUACUCAAAAUGGCCAUUGAUAAAAACGACAUGGCUGCACAACGGUCAAACUAUAAACUUGAAAGAGAAGGAAAUCAACCCAACACGCAAAGAAAGAUAUCAUUUCUCUCUGACUAUCCAACUGAAUACUUUUCAAAAAGAAGUGAAAGGUUUUUACAAAUGUGCCGCUUCAAGUUUGGCAGGAGAAGAUGAGAGUGAAGAAAUUUAUGUGAAUUUGAAUGAAGAACCACCGGUCGUGUAUCUGAAGAAGACAGUAAACAAACAUGAACAGAGUGUUACAUUCUGUGCAAAAAUUAAAUCGGGCAACCUGAGGAAAUCUGUGACCUGGAUGAAAAGUGGAGAAGUCCUUGACAUUUCCGAUACAAACAAAUAUUUUUCAUGCAACUUUCUAUACGAUAGCCCAGAGCUUAAAAUUUAUUCAGUUGAAAAAAAAGAUGAAGGAGAAUAUUAUUUAAUCGCAGAAAAUGAUGGCGGCAAAGGAGAAAGUAACAUUGUUCCAUUUCAGAUUGAGACAGAUUGUGAUCGGCCAAAAAUCAAGCUAAAUGAACGAAAGAAAGAUAUCAUUUCUAUCAAUCUUGCAGCAGAUAUUGAAUCUGAUUGGCCCAUUACAUCAGUCAAGUGGUUUAAAGAUGGAGCUUUGCUAAAAAUAUCCGACAGAUACUCCGAAACGGUAUAUGGCAGAUACUUGGGAAGAAAUCACUCUGCCUUAGCUAAACUACGGAUUUUUGACUUAAGUGAAGUUGGUGAUUAUCAUGUAUGUGCAGAAAACGUUGCUGGUAUCAGUACGAGUAAUGUGUUACGCUUGAACUUUGAAGUUCAAUCUUUCGCCACUUUGGAUAUGAAAAUUUUUCCUGCCCAUGAACGCGUAAAGCUACAAGGAAGAAUUGAAUCUAGUCAAAUAUUAACGGACGUGACUUGGGUGAAAAAUGGCAAAAUCCUUCCUGUCAAAAAUUCGAAAAAGUAUGCAAGUUAUCCAGAAACUGAAAAUUGUCCUACUUUAGUGAUCAUGGAUGUGUGCAAAGAAGAUGAAGGGAAUUAUUACUUUACAGCAAAAAGUAGAAAAGCUGAUGUAAAGAGCAAUUAUAGAACAUUUGAAAUAGAAAAGGAGGAUCCAAAAGUUACCAUCCAAAAUCCGAUCAGAGAUGGACAAUUUACUACUUUAUAUGCAAUUAUUGAAAAGACAAGGUGGCCUAUAAAAAGCUUAAUAUGGAAAAAGGAUGACACUGUUGUCUACAAGGAAGAAAAAUAUGUCAAUGCCAAUGAAAUUUGCACAGGUAGAAUAAGACUAUCAGGUGUCAAAGAUGCUGGUAUAUACAAAGUAGUUGCCGAAAGUAUUGCAGGAAGAAGCGAAGCUGAGAGAAUAGUUCUUCAAGAAGAAAUAGGAAUUCCUGUGUAUCCAAUUCUUAAAAUAGAAGUGGAUAAAUGUCACCGAAAUUUGAGGCUAAAUGUAACAUCUUCAUCGAAAGCAGAGAUAAAUGACUGUGUUUGGAUGAAAAACGAAAAAAUACUUCUCACUAAACUUGAUGCAAGGUAUCAACAGUCUGUCAUCAAAGACAACAAAUUCGAACUCGUUAUCAAGAAUGUUACUAAGAGAGAUGAAGGGGAAUAUAAAGUAAAUGUAAUUAGCAAACUCGGCGCAGUAGAGAGUAGAGGUGCUGUUUUUAAAAUCGAAGAAGAACCACCUAGAAUUGUCGAUUUUACUAAGAGAGAGGAAAACUCACGCGUCAAGAUUUUGGCCGUCUUCGAGUCGGAAUGGCCAGUAGAUUGCGUAGUGUGGUACAAGAAUGGGGAAGAAUUGGUACCUUCUCAAGAUUUUUCCAUGCAAAAUGAUAGUCAAAACUGCAGUCUACUCUUGAAAGGUCCUUAUAAAAGAGGAUCGUAUACCGUACAGUUGGAAAGUGUCGCUGGCAUUGUGAGAGGACAAGACAUUAUCAUAAAUGACAAGGAAAUAAACAUUGAAAACGUUACUGCAAGUCCCUCAGCUCUGGUAAAGUCAACAGAAAGCAUGCUUCUACCAGUUCUAUCGCCUUUCAAAGGUUCCAGUGACUGUGACUCUUGUGAUUAUACGGCGAUGGCAAAAAUAAAGAGUUGCGGUCACUAUUUGUGUUGGAAGUGCCUUGAAGUGCUUGCAGAUGGUCCAUCAAAGGAGAACAUUGUUGACUGUUUGUCUUCGUGCCCUUCAUGGAUGACACAGAAAACAAUUCAGAAUUUUUUACAUAAUCAAGAAUAUUCCAAGAAACAGAUAUCGCUGUAUUUCAAGUUAGUUGCAGAAGGAGAAAAUUGUAACACACUUAAAUGCUUAAAAAAGGGUUUCUUGAAGUUGGUCUUCUGCAGUCAUGUAUAUUGCGUAAAUUGUAUUCAGAAUAAUGAUGGCAGCAACAUGUGUGUCCAAAACGGAUGGAAUUGCCAAAACCCACCGCCGAGUAUUUUCGUUCAUUUGCAGGAAAUGCUGAAAAAUCCUAUGGUAAACCUCUUCAUUUCUGAAUGUCCUGACGGAAAGUGUGACCACUGUAGUAAAAAAGAUGUAUAUAAAAUAUUCCGAUGCGGUCAUAAAUUCUGCCGACAUUGUAUUCAGAAGGCACUGUUGCCGGACAGGGAAGGACAGCCAUUUAUUUUAGGAAAAUGCUUAAAAGCGCAAUGUCAUGAAUACUUUAAAUUUCCACUAUUGACCCAAAUAAAGCAGGAGACAGAACCAACGAACAACUGUAAAGUUACAGAAAAUGGAACUACAAGACAAGGAAUAGCUCAAGAGAGCAUUAAUAACGCGCUUCCAGAUCACGACAAAAAGGAUAUUCAAGAAAACCCGCAGAGCCUUUCAUCACAGAAAAGAAAACAGAAAAAUAAAGAUGAUUCUGCUAAAAAGCAGAAAAAGGCCAAAAAUUCAAGAGAUUCAGCAACCGAGGAAAGCAACCGAUUUCAAAAGUCAUUUGGGCUGAGUAAUGUUGGUCUUUCUUGCUACAGAAAUGCAAUUCUUCAGACUUUGGCUGAGACCCCUUUCUUUCAUCUAAUGUUAGAACCUUUACGAGAGAAAGCACCUUGGAUUGGCUUACUUUCAAUUAUCCUGGAAAAAAUCAGAACUCAAAACACCGGCGGUACAGAAAUGGUGGAAUAUUUACAACAUUUUCAUUUUGAAUUCAACGAAAAGCAUUCAGAAUACAGGGAAUUUCAACAGGAGGAUACAUUAUCCUUCUUAACCAGCUUACUAAACGGUAUUCAAGAAGAAUUCAAGACCCUGGAGAAGUGUAAAGAUCAUAUCGAAGGAUUACAAGAUCCAACGUCCUUGUUUCGUGGAUCCUUAAAGGACAGAUACUUUUGUAAAAAGUGCAAAGAGGAUGAAUUCUUUGAAGGAGAAUCAUAUUUUAGCCUUCCUUUACCAGUGACAGAGUCUUUGAGACAAAAGGGGAAGGUAACAUUGGGCUCUUGUUUGAGAGGAUUUCUUAGUAAAGAGAAUAUUGAUGGCAUUCCUUGUUCAUUUUGCGGAUCAAAUGAAAUUACAAAGGAAAUAAUGAUAGCAACUUUCCCAGAUGUUUUGGUUCUUCAGAUAUGUAAAUUAGAAGAGGCGAGUAAUUCAGCAUUUCUGAGGAACAGGAGUCAUAUUGAUUUUUGGGAAAACUUCGAAAGUUUAAGGGCACCGAAAGAAUUAAAAGAAGCAUUGAAGCAUUACAGAUUAUUUAGCGUUGUCGAACACAUUGGAUCUGAAAGAAGCGGUCAUUACAUCUGCUAUGUCAGAAGGCAUGGUAAUCAAAAAUGGAAUUUAUGCGAUGAUUCGUAUGUAAAAGACGUCAGUUUAGAAGAGGUUCGAAAAUGCGAAGCUUACCUUUUGUUUUACGAAAAAUAUGGCUCAAAAGUGUAAUCAUAAUAAAAUUUGGUAAA